AUGGACGAGAAGAAGGAUAAGAAUUGGUUUACCCGGUUGGACUAUUCCGGAAUCUUCUUCUUCGAAUUAGCCUCAAAGGCAGGGUCUUAUGAGCUCGUCUAUUGUGUUUUUUACAUGGAUAAGCCUCUUCUCUUAUGGGUUGGCCGUCCUUCUGUUUCGAUGAAUGGAUUGACCAUGAGCUUACAGUGCCUUGUAGAAAGCAUAGCCUCAUUGUUCACUCACCGUAGAUUAUUCUCUUCACAUAGAUCUCGGGAUACGAGACCUUCCUUCAACUACGAACUAAGCAGCCUUGAAAGCACGAUAGGCAUCGGAACGAACUCCGCGGAGAGCCACUCUUUGGUUACCGCGCGAGGUCGUGGUAGAAAGAAUCUUGGCUGUGGUCGUAGUUCAUUCGUGAUUGUCAACGAGGGGAGUGGAAGUUUUUCAGUAAUUAUUUCAUUGAUUGAUCGACCAGUGGGAUAUUCUCUUACGUACAGAAUUAACGGGCUUAACGAAGCUCUUCGAUGCGCUUCGCGUCUCUGUUUGUUCGUCCCAGUCUCUGUUCGGCCGAGGGAUAAGAAGGGUAAAAGAAUGAAAGAUGCCACUAAACAAGUAAAGGACAACAAACAAUAUUCGUGGAUCGGGAAGACCAAAUCUCAUUCAAGGAAGCGGACCGUUGACGACAGCAGGCCGGGAAGGAAUAGAAAGCGGGGAUAA